CUCCACUAGUGAAGUGCGUGAAUUUCAUACCAAACCCAUACCUUGCAUUCCACCUUUACUGUCAAACCAAGAGAAAUAUUACUGAAAACAAUAAGCGGCUCAAGCAAGAAAUAGGUUUUGAACUAAUGAUAUUUCGUCCUUCUGCUGUCCAUCCAGACGCGUUUUCCUCAUUUAAAGGACUCUGCCAAGGACAGGGAGAGCUGUUUGGGAAGACAGGUCCCUCACACCCAGAACACUGCGGUUACGGUCCCAGAAUAGUGUGUGGGCUCGUGGCAGGGCCCGAUCAGAGCCGGCACCAUUGCGUCAAACGAGUGGAGUGCGAACGGGAGCCCUCAGCAGGGGCUGGAAGAUGGUGGCGAUGAGCUCGAUAAGACAAUGGACAGUGAUGCAGAGGGUGUAUGGAGCCCCGAUAUUGAGCAGAGUUUCCAGGAGGCCCUCGCAAUCUACCCACCCUGUGGCCGUCGCAAGAUCAUCCUCUCAGAUGAGGGAAAGAUGUAUGGUCGUAAUGAACUCAUUGCCAGGUACAUUAAGCUGAGGACAGGAAAAACCCGCACAAGGAAACAGGUCUCUAGUCACAUACAGGUGUUAGCACGGAAGAAAGUCCGCGAGUUCCAAGCGGGUAUAAAGGCCAUGAACUUGGAUCAAGCAUCCAAAGACAAAGCUCUUCAGAAUAUGGCGUCACUGUCCUCGGCCCAGAUAGUGUCUCCAAAUCUAAUCAAAGGCCAGCUUCCUCCACUGCACCAGCCACCCUAUGCGCCUCCCCCUCGGUUUUGGCCAACUCCAAUCCCAGGACAACCUGGACCCUCUCAGGACAUCAAGCCUUUUGCACAUACCUACACAAACCUAUCUGGACCUGUUCCACCUCCCAUAUCAGCAUACGAACCUUUGGCACCCCCUCUGCCCCCAGCGGCCACUGCCGUGCCUGUGUGGCAGGACCGCACCAUCGCCUCCUCCAAGCUGCGCAUGCUUGAGUACUCCGCUUUCAUGGAGGUUCCCAGAGACCAGGAUACUUACAGCAAACAUUUGUUUGUGCACAUUGGUCAGACCAACCCAUCAUACAGCGAUCCCCUGCUAGAGGCAGUGGACAUCCGGCAGAUAUACGACAAAUUCCCAGAAAAGAAGGGAGGGCUGAAAGAGCUGUAUGAAAAGGGCCCACAAAAUGCCUUUUUCCUGGUCAAAUUCUGGGCGGAUCUGAAUAGCAACGAUAUGCAGGAUGGGCCUGGAUCUUUCUAUGGCGUCAGCAGCCAGUACUGCAGCACUGAGAAUAUGACCAUCACCGUCUCCACAAAAGUCUGCUCAUUUGGCAAGCAGGUGGUAGAGAAAGUAGAGACAGAGUAUGCAAGAGUGGAAGGAGGAAAAUGUGUGUACAGGAUCCACCGCUCGCCCAUGUGCGAAUACAUGAUCAACUUCAUCCACAAGCUCAAGCACCUGCCUGAGAAGUACAUGAUGAACAGCGUCUUGGAGAACUUCACCAUUUUACAGGUGGUGACUAACAGGGAAACACAGGAAACUCUGCUUUGCAUAGCAUUUGUAUUUGAAGUGUCGACGAGCGAACACGGGGCACAGUACCACGUCUACCGUCUCAUUAAAGACUAGCCACUCUGCCAGAACGGGUUUUGCCAACGGACAUUCUGUCUUUUUGUCCAGACGUCAGAGCAAUACACCAGCAUGUAGCCAAGAACGGAGCCAUUCUUCGUUUCCGUUCCAAUCUGACUAAAAGUGGAUGGAGGCUCAAAUAGAGGGCCACGCACAAACGGAAAUUAGAAAUGUAGUAUUGCUCUGUUAAAGGACAAUCUUUUUUUAUAUUCAUAUUUAAAUGCCUUAAAAACAAAGUGGGUCUCACAGGUUUUAUUGCAUACAAAUUCUAAAUGUUUUUUUUUCUCUUUCUGUUUUACUGAGGGACUAUGAAUGUUGAAUAUGGCAGGAAGUUGAGGUUUUAGCAUUGGAAGACAAUGUGUGUUCUUAGGUGCACAGUGCAUAUUAGAAUUAAGGACAAGGGCUAACAAUUUUUUUUUUCAAUAGGACAGGUCUGAUGAAAAGAUACUGCUUCUGUUUCUCCUACAUUGGAGCAAUAUUGAACAAUGAAUUGAACUUUAACCAUAAGUAGCAAGAGUUAAGACCAUUUUGUAUUAAGUAAAAGAUAAACAGUUUGAUGCAGAAUUUUUAUCAGACGUUGUAGUGUGCAGUGUUAAAAAGCAACCUAUUUUCUCCUGUUCAUGUACCGUAGAGAGUGAGGAACACAAGCUGUGUCCGAAAUCACUCGCUCAUUCACUACUCCCUACUCACUAUCUAGGGAAUUCUAUAUAGAGGACUAUAUAGUGAGCUCAUUGGUAAAAUGAAAAAAACACUUUCGGACACUACUCUGCCACGCCAUUAUUUACAUCAUUACUGUCGCACAAUUCAAACGUGCCAGAUCAGUUGACUAGUGGGUUUUCAAAAUAAUAAAUACAUAUUAUACUGAGCGUAUUUCCCACAUUAAUAAAUACAAGGUACUUUGCGUCUGCUGCAUCUUUCAAUUAUUUUAAAUCAAGGCUGAAUACUUUCUUCUUUGCCGCUGCCUUUUAUUAAAUCAAAUUUGAGGCUUUUGAUUAAUUCCUCACUCUGCACUGGAACUUUUAUUCUUGUAUUUUAUCUGUCUUAUUAUAGUUUAGCUUAUUUUCUAUUCUCUUACUAUGUUUAAUUGUACGUGAAUGUCUGUUUAUAAUGUUUCUUCCUCUGUCAGUUCACCCCCAACACACUACAAUAUUAUUGCCAUUUUUAUGCCACAACUAAUAAAUUUGUCUUGUGCCGGUAGUCAUAAGGAAAACCAAACUACUGCUAUACUCAAUCUAAAAUACUUAACGCUCCUUAUGAAACAGCUUUUACAGCUUUUCUUUCAGUGCGACCACAAUGCAUGAUGCAAUGAUGAUAUUGCUUGGUUAGUGACCAUCGGUUGUACACUACUUUUCACAGUGCAUUGUGGGAUACUAUGAGUCUACUAUAUAAGGUGUUAUAACUCUCACUAUACAUUCGGACAGCACUACAAAAUGGCGAACUCAUUAUAUAGUCCACUAUAUAGCGAACAGUGAGUAAUUUGGGACACGGACAGUGACACAUUUACAUUGACCUGUCCUUUAUGCAACAAGGAGGUGUCAGAGACAAGAAGGUUUACAUGCCCACUAUUCAAGUCAGUGAAAAUUGCCUCUGUCCAAAGAACUCAGUGUGGGUGACAUUCUGAAGUGCCUUUUGACUACCUCUUGACAUAAAUCAAAAAAGAAUAUUUGCUAGGGUUUUGAUACUAGAGCAUGAUUAAGCAUUUAAGUCUCAUAAUCAUUAUCAGAUAUCACUUCAGUUCGUUGUUCAGUUUGUUUAUUUGUUAUUUGUAACGAGUACAUUGAAGCAUGAGUAAGCGUUCGAAUGGCCUUGUUACAAAUGGAUAAUGGUACAUUGUACUAAAGAGAGGUCAGCAUGUAGAUGUGAUUUGCAAUAAAUUAUCUCUAACACAAAGAAGAUGGCUUAACUGUGGCUGCCUAUGGGUAAUUUUGUGAUGGUAGUGGUACUAUACCCCUGAUUCAAAUGUUUUGGUUUUGACAAUGGAAAGUCCUGCCUUUUGUUAUUUUUGUUCUUUGGUGCUUUUAGAUCCUUACAGGACAUUCAACAUUAUAAAAUUGUGCCUACUAUGAGAUUGAGUUCUCCCACACAAGUCCUUGUGCCAUACUCAUAACUUAAAUUCAUCUUUUCAGUUAAUGGAGAAUACUGGGGACUCCUAAGUAAAUACAAACUGCUCAAUGUAUUUUAAUCAGAAACUUACUUUUUAAAUUAUAAAAGUGACAAAUGAUUUCAUCCUUGCGCCAUGCCAUUCCCCUUAGUUUACUUGGUGGUAAAAGCUGUCCAACCUUUGUUCUUUAUGAAUAAUACGGUACUAUAUUGUCUGCUCCUUAUAAAAAUUUAAUUAAGUCUGGAAAGUACUGUGUUUAAACUGAACUGACGCCAAAUGUUCACUAUUUGUCUCCCAGCGUAACAUACUGCUGUCACUACAAAUAUACAGUUGCAGGGCUUUCUUGUACUGACAGUCUUUGUUGAUUCAUUUAAUUCCUUUGAAGGGUUUUGCAUAAGCUUUAAUUGAAUUUAUUGAAGAUUGAAUGAAUGGUUUAGAAAAUAAAUUUGUCUAGAAGUCCAUUUAUUGAUGCUAUUCAUGUUAAACGGUACUUCAUGGAAAACGGACAGUGACAGGCUCAAGCUGUCAUUGGAUUGGUACAGCCUUAGCAUAUAAAUGGUGGUGUCUGUGACCUUUGAUGACAGCUUCCUCAACUGUACUUUUUUACAGGCUCCUGUUUUUAUUUUUAUUUUUAUUAUUAUUAUUAUUAUUAUUAUUAUUAUUAUUAUUAUUAUUAUUAUGUUUGCUUUUUGACUUUCAGUUAAUGCUGUUUGCAUCAAUUGAAAAUUGUGUGUUAAUAAUCUAAAUGGUGUUGGAAUUUUCUUUUCCCCCUCAAUACCCAGUAAUGGUUCACUGUGACCUUGGUUACCAAAUGUGCAUUGAAGUCAUUUAUGUUAUAUACAAUGUGAGGGUUUUGUACAAUAUUAUCUAAACAACAAUACCAAUACAGCAAUACCAAUAAAAAAAUGUCUUGGCUCCCCUUGGGA